AUCCAUUUCAUUCAUUCAUUCAUUUUGUGCAUAUACCAUAACACCGCUGUUUUAAUUGUGAAAAAAAAAUUAGUGUUACCUGUUGUUCAUUUCGAACGAUAUAUGAAUUAUUAUUAUAUUUUAUGACACAAACGACGCCCAUACAAAUGCUUUUUUUAUAUUAUUACUAUCAAUACUUUGAAUUCAUUCAAUCACUUAUUCAUUUUUUUUUGCCAUGGUAAUGAGUUGUUAGCAGACUGUGUUUAUGUGUCAGUCAAAUUUUUUUUUCUUGGUAUAGAAAAUUUUUUCGAAAUUGUUUGAGAUUUUGUAUCCGAUCAACUUUUUUUUGUUUUUGUUUGAUUACACAAACAAGAUUCUGAUCUCUUAUACAUCGUUACCAUCAUUACCACCACCAUCAUCAUUAUCAUCAUUAUACACAUACGAAUUAUUCGAAUCUAUGACUACGUGUUUUGUUCAUUCAGGCAUUUCAUUUGACACGAAUCGAAUCAGAUUGUGAUUUUAAUUUUGUCAUAAUUCAAAUCGAAUCAAAAUUGGCAAUCUAAUUUCUAAAAAGAGAAGCUUCAAUCAACUUUAUUAAAUGCCAUCAUUUUUAUUGGACAAUCACUCUCAUUUGAUAUAUAUCGUUUGAAUACGCCCAAAUUGCUGAUUGUGCCUUACACACAAACACACACACACACAUUCAUAGUUUUGUUGCUGUUUGUUUUUUCUCUUGUUGAUUUUAUCAUUAUCAUUUCCUGUCCUCGUUUUCGUUGUUUUUUAUUCAAAAAAAAAAAAAUAUUUGGCGCGUCCAUUUACCAUUUGGCUUCAAGAACGCCAUUUAUCUGUAUAUGUGUGUGACAAGAUGAUUUUCUUAAGAAAUUUCAUUAAAUCAUUACUUCGACGUAAACGUAUCGAUUCAUCGCAAAUAAGUAAUACAAGAUUAGACCGAUGUUUGACCACAUUGGAUCUUUCCGCUUUGGGAAUCGGUAGUACACUUGGUCUUGGAAUCUAUGUGUUGGCCGGCGAUGUUGCUAGCCGAACAUCUGGUCCAGCUGUUACUAUUUCAUUUUUUAUUGCUGCAAUUGCCUCAGUUUUUGCCGGUCUUUGUUAUGCAGAAUUCGGUGCUAGAGUUCCCAAAGCUGGUUCUGCAUAUGUUUAUUCGUAUGUGACUGUCGGCGAAUUUAUGGCAUUCGUUAUUGGCUGGAAUUUGGUUCUCGAAUAUGUGAUCGGAACGGCUUCUGUGGCUCGAGGUUACAGCAAUUAUGUCGAUUCAUUGGUAAAUGGUACUGUACAGGCCAAUCUCCGUUAUUAUAUGCCGAUCGAUGUUCCAGGACUUUCAGCAUAUCCGGAUUUUUUGGCAUUUUUGAUCACAUUCUCAUUGACAAUUAUGCUUGUUAUUGGUGUAAAAGAAUCAACACGUUUCAAUUCUGUUUUCACUGGCAUCAAUCUAUUGGUUGUCUUGUUUGUCGUCAUCGCUGGUUCUUUUCAUAUCGAUUUUCAUAACUGGAAUCUAUCAAAAGAUGAAGUCCCGGAAAAUGCUGGCAAAGGUGGAUUUAUGCCUUAUGGAUUUUCUGGUAUGAUGUCCGGAGCUGCCACCUGUUUUUAUGCAUUUAUUGGAUUUGACGUAAUUGCCACAACUGGUGAAGAAGCCAAAAAUCCUCAACGUUCCAUUCCAAUAAGCAUUGUUUUGUCAUUGUUAUUCGUCUUUUUGGCUUAUUUUGGCAUUUCGGCCGUACAAACUUUGAUGUUACCUUAUUAUCUUCAAACUGAAGAGAUAACCAAAGGCGCACCAUUACCAUAUGUUUUUGAAUAUGUAGGAUGGCCAGUAGCUAAAUGGAUCAUUUCGAUUGGAGCAUUGACAGGUCUUUCAACAAGUUUACUUGGUGCAAUGUUUCCAUUACCACGAGUUCUUUAUUCGAUGGCCAGUGAUGGCGUAAUAUUCCGAUCAUUUGCCGAUAUUAAUCCACGAACUAAAACACCUAUUUUAGCCACACUUAUUUCCGGAAUAUUUGCUGGAGCGAUGGCAGCUUUAUUCGAUGUUAAAGAACUAGCCGAUAUGAUGUCCAUUGGUACAUUGUUAGCAUACACAUUGGUCUCAAUAUCUGUAUUGAUCUUACGAUUUAGUCAUGAAAUCGAUAAUAUCGAUGAUGAUAUCAAUCGAAAUAUAACAGUCGAAAUGAAACCAUUACGAUCAAAAUAUCAAAAUUCAGAUGAAAAAUUUGACAAUCGAUCAUGGUGUGCUAAAUUAUUCAAUACAGAUCGAAUGAAAGAAGCUAGCGCUCAAACAUCACGAAUAUCAACUAAUUUAGUCAUGUUCAUAACAACUGUAUUAAUCAUAUUUGAUGCAUUGUUGGUAUACCUGGAAGAUCGUCUGGUCGAAUUGGAAACAAAUUCAUUUAUAAUUAUAUUGGCCAUAUUCAUUGUGCUUGUAUUUUCAAUUAUUUCAUUGGCCAUGCAACCAAGAUCGACAAAAAAACUUUCUUUCCAGGUUCCAUGGGUUCCAUUGAUACCGAUAUUGAGUAUGUUUGUUAAUUUUUAUCUUAUGUUCAAAUUGUCAACAACAACAUGGAUUCGAUUUGCAAUUUGGAUGGCCAUAGGAUUAUCUAUCUAUUUUUUCUAUGGUAUAUGGCACAGUAAUGAACGAUCCAGACGUUAUGAAGCUCGACAGAAUUCAGCGAAUUAAAUCCAUUCAAACACAAGUUCAAGUCAUCCACCGAAAGAAGAUUAAAUAAAGAAAAAAUUAAUUAAUUAAUUAAUCAACCAAAAAAAAAACAAAUGAAAUUUAUCCAAAAAAAAAUUUGAUCAAUUCUAUGAAAUGUUGUUCUUUAUGAUUGUCAAACAAAUUUUAUAAUUCAUUUUUUAUCUAUCAAAGAAUUAAUGAAUUUUUCAAAAACAAAAAACAAAACUGAUGACUUAGGUCAAUAUAGAAUUUCAUUUAAUGAACAUCAGAGGUCAUCAGUGUGGUAUUAUUUUUGAUUUGGAAAAAAAUAAGGUAAACCAAGCUAAAGAAAUAUUGACACUAAUGUUGGAACCACCAUAUAUAUAUAAAUAAAAAUUUGCAAACUGAAAAAA